UAGAAUCAGACUGAAAUCAAGCACAGAGAGAGUGAAGGUGUUCGUGCCUCAGGAAGUUCAGGUUUAAGCUCAGGCCCAAACUAGACUGCUGGAAGCUCGUGCGUCAUGACUUCUGAAACAGCUGGACAGACUGUGAUGGUGGAGACAGAGGAAGCAGCGGCUGCAGCCUCUGGUCCGGCCGCAGUGAAACGGGAGUGGAAGUGCCCCAUGGGUGAUCGCCAUGUCCACAGAGAUGAUGUGAGGAGGGUUUGGAGAGAGUGCCAGGAGGAGAGCUUCUGGUACAGAGCUCUUCCCCUCUCUCUGGGCAGCAUGGCUGUCACCGGUGGUCUCAUCUACAAUGGCAUCUGGAAAUCAUCAAAGCGAUUUGGUCCCUUUCCAAAACUAGCAGCUGCGGGGAUCCUUGGUUUUGCAGUGGGGAAAGCAUCUUAUGUCAGAACUUGUCGAAGCAAGUUUCAGGAGCUCGGCAUUGGGGAUAGACCAGGAUUCGGACCCUGGUCUGAUGGAGGCCGCUUUGGACCAUUUAUGGACUCUGGUCGUGGACACAGAUGCCACCAUGUGUGUGAAGAAUGUAAGAAAAAAGCUCAAGCUGCACCUGCAGAAGAAGUUCAAAACUAAAGCCUCAUCAGAAACCCUGAAGGACUGGCUGUCAGCGUGGCUCUAUCUGCUCUUUCUGUUUCCUACAUGUCAGAAAUGGUGCAUAUGAUUUGUCUGAUGGAAACUGUUUUGAGAUACUGUGCAGUAUAUAUUCAUCCAGGAGAAACCACGCACAGCGGCCACUAGGGGGCGCUGCUAUCCUUUCAGACGUAGAUUAUUUGUAACGUUCCGGUUUUAUCUGAACAGGCACCACUUUAUUUGCAAGCGUACAAAGUCUCCUAUUGGGAGUGCAGUAAAAAAUAAAGCUUUUUAUUUUCACAAGUUAGCAAUAUUUACCAAUGAACAAUUCUAAUAAAAUAAUGAAAAUAACCAUCCUAUGUAUUCUCAUAU